CCAACCUCGCGGCCCCUCAAUCCUCCGACGGAAGAGAACGGCGACGGCCGUCGCACCCCCAAACUGAUCAUCGUCUCCGGCUAAGUAUCAGUCGCGAGCCAUUGGAUUCAGCAAUUGUAGAAUUGAGGACUAAGGGUGGGUUUAAGUUAUCGUGAGUAGAAAAAUGCACGGCAGACAGGCAAACCAGCUGGUGAAGGAACUUGCAAGCAGCGAAAAAGGGCAACUCAAGCCUUUCAAUAGUGACCUGUUUGAUCAAGUAAUUGAACAAUGCGAGCAACAUCACCUUGAGCUCCAGUCUUUGAUAAGAAAAAUCCAGGAUGAAGGAUUGGAUGUACAAACAACUAGAAAUGCAGACCAUUAUGGAGCACUCAUCCACCACCUUUCUUUAGUUCGCAAUAAACGCUGCUUACUGGCAUAUGUGUACAACCGAGCUGAAAUCAUUCGAAGUUUUAUAUGGAAGGUAGGGCCAGUGCUUCCAGAAGAAAUUCAAGGGAAGCUCAGUCACACAGAGGGAGAUCAUUUCAGGAGAUAUUCUGCGGCUCUAAAUUCAUAUACUCAGGAAGUAGGAGUCGAUUUGACAGUGGACAUGGUGCCACCCAAGGAUCCCUACAUAAAAGUGAGAGUCCUUGAUGAUAUUGGCGAAAUAGUACUCAGCGACAAGACGGCCAACUUAGCACGCCAUUCAAUGCACUUUCUCAGACGAACUGAUGCUGAACAGUACAUCUCUCAGGGCUUGAUGGAGGAGCUCACAGGCUGACCUAAAGUUUGCAGAUCCACAAGUUUUCGACAUAAAAAAUGAGAUUGAGACUAAGCAUUAUCCAGAAGCCCAAAAUUGCAAAAUGGUAGGUUUAGAUUGAUAUUCUGGAGCAUGAGAGAGCUCACUUUGUUGCUUAUCUGGGUUUGAAACCAUCGAUAGCUUGCUUUGUGUGUAGGAGAAAAUUGUGGAAAAAUUCACUUCUUCACGAUGUUCAAUUGCAAAAUUACAUUGAUAUAUCAGUUUAUCUAUCUCAUUAGACUUUCAAUUGAA